AACACAUGGACACAGGGAGGGGAGCAUCACAUACUGGGCUGGAAUGCUUGCUGAUUCUUCUGCACACUUCUGAGGCUGAGAACCUGAGGAUCCCACCUGGAAAAUGCCUUCUGAACGCUGCCUCAGUAUUCAAGAAAUGCUGACAGGCCAGAGGCUCUGCCACUCUGAAUCUCACAAUGACAGUGUCCUGGCAGCGCUGAAUCAGCAGAGGAAUGACGGCAUCCUCUGCGACAUCACCCUGAUUGCUGAUGAACAGAAAUUCCAUGCUCACAAGGCAGUCCUAGCAGCAUGCAGCGACUAUUUCCGGGCAAUGUUCAGUCUUUGUAUGGUGGAAAGUGGAGCUGAUGAGGUUAAUUUGCACGGUGUGACCAGCCUCGGCUUAAAGCAGGCUCUGGAGUUUGCAUACACAGGACAGAUUCUACUGGAGCCAGGUGUGAUCCAGGAUGUGCUAGCAGCAGGCAGUCACCUACAGCUGUUGGAGCUUCUCAAUUUAUGCUCCCACUAUCUCAUCCAGGAAUUAAAUAGCUUUAAUUACUUGGAUCUGUACAGACUUGCUGACCUCUUUAACCUCACUUUGUUGGAGAAGGCAGUGAUCGAUUUCUUAGUGAAACAUCUCUCUGAACUUCUGAAGAGCCGCCCAGAAGACGUUCUAACGCUUCCCUAUUGCCUGCUUCAGGAGGUGCUGAAGAGUGACCGCCUGACCUCCCUAAGCGAAGAGCAGAUCUGGCAGCUAGCUGUGAGGUGGUUGGAACACAACUGCCACUACCAGUACAUGGACGAGCUCCUGCAGUACAUCCGCUUUGGCUUAAUGGAUGUGGAUACUCUCCAUACAGUUGCCCUGUCCCACCCUCUUGUCCAAGCAAGUGAGACUGCAACAGCCCUUGUCAAUGAGGCCCUGGAAUACCACCAGAGCAUCUAUGCACAGCCUGUCUGGCAGACUCGCAGGACCAAACCACGGUUCCAGUCAGACACUCUGUAUAUCAUUGGUGGGAAAAAGCGUGAGGUCUGCAAGGUCAAGGAACUUCGGUACUUCAAUCCCGUUGAUCAGGAGAAUGCUCUCAUAGCUGCCAUUGCCAACUGGAGUGAGCUGGCUCCCAUGCCUGUGGGAAGGAGCCACCAUUGUGUGGCAGUCAUGGGGGACUUCCUGUUUGUGGCUGGAGGGGAAGUUGAGCAUGCCAGUGGCCGGACGUGUGCUGUGAGGACUGCCUGUCGCUAUGAUCCCCGCAGUAAUUCCUGGGCAGAGAUAGCACCCAUGAAAAACUGCCGGGAGCAUUUUGUGCUGGGUGCUAUGGAGGAAUACCUCUAUGCAGUUGGGGGCAGAAAUGAACUGCGCCAGGUUCUGCCUACAGUUGAACGAUACUGCCCCAAGAAGAACAAAUGGACUUUUGUUCAGUCCUUUGACAGAUCCCUUUCAUGCCAUGCUGGAUAUGUGGCUGAUGGUCUUCUUUGGAUAUCAGGUGGAGUAACUAAUACGGCACAAUAUCAGAACAGGCUAAUGGUUUAUGAACCUAACCAGAAUAAGUGGAUAAGCCGUAGCCCCAUGCUACAGAGAAGGGUCUACCAUUCCAUGGCUGCUGUACAACGGAAGCUUUAUGUUCUUGGAGGCAAUGACCUAGACUACAAUAAUGACCGGAUCCUUGUGCGUCAUAUAGAUUCUUACAACAUAGACACUGACCAGUGGACACGUUGCAGUUUCAACCUGUUGACUGGCCAAAAUGAAUCUGGAGUUGCUGUCCAUAAUGGGAGAAUAUAUUUAGUUGGUGGAUAUUCAAUUUGGACAAAUGAGCCUCUGGCUUGUAUCCAGGUACUGGAUGUAAGCAGAGAAGGCAAAGAAGAAGUAUUCUAUGGGCCUACACUACCUUUUGCUUCCAAUGGAAUAGCAGCAUGCUUCCUUCCAGCUCCAUAUUUCACGUGCCCUAACCUUCAAACUCUUCAAGUGCCUCAUCACAGGAUUGGCACCAUCUGAAAAGCCAAUGCUCUCAACUAUCAUGAACAGGAGGAAGAACUUAGCCCUGACUGUUGGAUACUGGGCAUGAAAAGACUCAGUGCUCAAUGCUUCCUUGUCUUGCUUUAUAGGUCUUAUAUUCAGAUAGAUAUAAGCAAAAAAUGAACAAUUUUCUAAAAUACAUUAUUGAAAACUCUUGUCACCCUUCUCAGAGUAUGUCCACAUGCAAUAUGUGACUUUUAUUGUGGUACAGCUUAGUGCCAACUUAAGGUACAUUAUGUUCCAUGGGUCUUUAGAGCAUUCUUUGUACACUUUUUCUAAUCAGCACUGUCUGAAGACAACAUAACACUGUUGUUAGGCAAUUUAUUUGACUAAAUGGCAUCAAUGAUCUUAAAAAAUAUAUAUUCUGUACUUAAUCCCUUUAUUAUUUAAAGCUGGGCUUGAAUUUAACAUUAUGCAGCCCUGCUCAGUAGAGACUCAGCAUUAUGACAUAAAUUUUUAAAUGCCAUAUUUUAUUCAAGGUGAUACGAACAAUAGACAUACAUAAGAACAGCAGUUGAAAUACCCAUAUUUUUCACCUUGGUUACUCUCCUUGGGUCAGAACCUAACUUUACAAUGCUUCAGUUUUCCCACUUUUAAGAAGGAUCAUUACUGAUUUCCAUGUUAAUUUAAAAAAAAAAAUUAUGAGAAUUAGGUGAAUAUUAUGAAAUACUUUGCCCAAGAAAAAGAAAAAUGUUACUGAAAUUACAAGGUGUUUCACUGUCUUUAGAACGUUGCAUUUGAACAGGAUUAUUUUUAAAGUUUAAAAAUUACUAGCUAGAGCUUGGAAACAUGUUAUGGAAUAAAUGAUACUGAAAAGAGUCUCUUUUGUGUGAAAGAGACACACAAUUAGGAAAUAGGGAGUUUACCAAAACCAAAGAUAUCUAAACUUGACUCUCCGAUGUCUCAUUUAAAAUCAUUUAGGGAAAAAUGACAUUUAAAGCUAAAAAAUAAUUUAGUAGUACUAAUUAUGGUAACAUAAAGUGCUUUGACAUAAAUUUGAACCUAGAAUUGGCAGUUCUAAUAAAAGUUUUUCCACUUUGUUAAAGGUUAUGUCAAUCUUGAGUGCUUGUGGGAUCCUUCUCCAACACCAAUACAUAUUUUAUUACUAUCACUUUUAAUAAUGCAUAAGAAUUCUUUUUUAAGCUAGUUUUUUUUUUUGGGGGUUUGCUUUGUCUAUAACAAAAAAUAAAUGAAACAACUUAAUCACAUUUGAAAACAAAUUCAACAAGUAUACUAUGAGUUUUUCUUUUUCCUAACUUCCUCAGGACCUAGGUCAUCUUUAUUAAAAGGAAGAAUUCACUCUUUUUUUCCUUGGCAGUUGUUUAAUCAUUCAGCAAUCCCUCUCUUAAAAUAACUGUUAUUUUAUUCAUGUAACCAUUUUUUGUAAUCAAAAGUGAAUAAAAAGAUCUUUUUGUCUUAAAUACAGAAUUCACUAACUUCAUAUAUUGAUAUAUAUAAAACAUUGAAAAAAAAAUAUGACCUUUGGUUACUCAGAUUCAAGGGGCAGGAAGGAGACUAAGGAGAGGGAAAAUAGGUACAUUAAAAAAAUUGGAAUUUAGACAAAAAUCUUGAGUAUUUGGAUAGUUCUGAACAGUGAAAAUUGAUAUUGACCAUUGAUAUUUAGAAUGAAGACAGCUUCUUUAAAUGGUAUAAGCCACCUAAACUAAAUUUUAAAAAUGCCUUACCAAGGCAGAAAAAUGGACUCCAGUAUUUCAGAAAUCUUUUCAACAAGGACUUAAGAAUUAAGCUAUACUAAUUUUUCUACUUGGGACAUGAAUUUCCUCUCUAGCAGUUUUACCUAAUACUAUUAAAAUCUAUUUGUAUUCCCAGGCCCUAUAUCCAACCAAUGAAAGGGAAAUGCUCUAAAAAUAAGCUUACCCAACUAAUAAUGGAAAGGCAGCCUGAGACUACCCUUCAUUAUUUCUGUAUAUAUUUCCAACUGUUCAUAUAAAACAAAUCAACAUAUAUUAUCAAACCCCUCCUAGGUGAUCUUUAUAAUGUAAUAUUCAGUAAUAUUACAGAGCUAAACUCAGAAUUUUAAAAAGUUUUACAGGGUUCAGACAUACUCUUUACAGCUAUAGCGAAAAGUAGUACAAAAAAAAAAAAUAAUAACAUCCCUUCCCUAAAAAGAAAAAGAAAAAA